AUGCCCACUAUAGUCAUGGAGGUUGAUCUUCAAUGCCACCGUUGUUACAAAAAGAUCAGAAAAGCAAUAUCCAAGCUUCAUAGCCGGUUCAAUAUCCAAUCCACCGUCUUCGACGAGGAAACCAACACCGUUACAAUCUCCGGCCCGUUCGACGCUGACAAAGCAAGGAAGAAGCUCUGCUACAACGCCGGCAACAGUAUCAAAGACAUACAAAUCAAAGGCACCGAAGAGGAGGAGGAGAAGCCUCCUGAGGACAGUAAUCCGGCCGAGCCAGAAGAGGACUCUAAACCGGAAUCUGAACCGGACGAACCCGAGGAAAACAAGGCUAAGGGUGCUGAGCCGGUCGCUGAACCGGCUUAUAAUGGGUACUAUGGAUACGACUGGCCUCCUCUGGCCGGUUUAUGA